AUCAUGAUGGCGGCCGCCUCUGUGUUCCAGAGAGUAAGAACGGGCGCGAAAAUCGGAGCACAGUAUGAUCAGGAGGGCAAUCUCAUCAAGGCGGAGACACGUGAGGAUGAGGAGCAGAGUGUCAAGCUUGCUGAGAUUUUGGAGCUGUUGCUCGCUGCUGGUUAUUUCAGAGCACGUAUUAAGGGACUGACACCCUUUGACAAGGUGGUUGGAGGAAUGACCUGGUGUAUAACUACAUGCAACUUUGCUCUGACAGAGAAGAUUGUGUCAGUUCUGCCCAGAAUGAAAUGUCCACACCGAUUAGAGCCUCAUCAGAUCCAAGGGUUGGAUUUCAGGUAUGUGCACCUGUACAUCUUUGGCACAUUAAAAGCUGAAGAACAGACAGUUAUAUUGUGCAGUGGAGCAGAAGCAGGGCUUGGCUCAGGAAUGACCCAGGUGUCUGAAGAAGAGGACCUGCAGGCAGCAGAGGAGGUCAUUGUCAGCCAGCACAGGGGGGCUAGAGUUUUCGGACUGCAGUCUGAGGAGUUCAAGCAAAUCGCCACUGAAUAUGCCGAGAAGGCCACAGUACAGACUGAAACUCUGGAGCAAGAGCUGAGUUCACUGGAGGACAUGGAGUCUCAGACGUAUUCUGGGGCCCUGUGUCUGCAACACACAGAGACAAAACAGUUCUUCACGCUCUACAACACCCUUGAUGACAAGAAGGUUUACCUGGAGAAAGAGGUCAAUCUGCUGAACUCCAUACACGAUCAUUUUCAGCAGGCCAUGGCUUCAUCAGGAAGUAAAGAACAGUUUCUCAGACAACUGGAGCAGAUUGUGGAAGGAAUCAAGCAGAGUCGCAUAAAGAUGGAAAAGAAAAGACAGGAGAAUAAGAUGCGCAGAAAUCAGCUGAAUGAUGAGUACUUGGAGCUGCUGGAUAAACAGAGGCUCUACUUUAAAACCGUCAAGGACUUUAAAGAGGAGUGCCGCAAGAAUGAGAUGCCUUUUAUCUAA